AUGUUGAGAAGGCAAGUGAGAUUGAGGAGGGAGUUUCUUUAUCGGAAAAAUUUGGAGGGCAAAGAGCGUAUGCUGUACGAGAAGAAGCGCAAAAUCAAACAAGCUUUAGAAGAGGGGAAACCAAUUCCGACGGAGCUCAGGAAUGAAGAGAAAGCUCUUCGUGAAGAAAUUGACCUCGAAGAUGAUUACACAGCUGUCCCAAAAUCGACAAUUGACGAUGAAUAUGCAAAUGCCACUAUAACAGACCCAAAAAUUUUGAUUACAACAUCACGUGAUCCUAGUGCUCCUCUUACACAAUUUGUCAAGGAGCUGAACUUGGUCUUCCCCAGUGCACAAAGAAUGAAUCGUGGUGGUCAGGUGAUUUCUGAAAUAAUAGAAACCUGCCGGUCUCAUGAGUUCACGGAUGUAAUUUUGGUCCACGAGCACCGUGGUGUUCCUGAUGGCCUUGUUAUAAGCCAUCUGCCUUUUGGACCAACAGCUUACUUUGGAUUACUCAAUGUGGUCACAAGACACGAUAUUAAGGAUAAGGCAGCUAUUGGAACAAUGUCCCAGGCAUAUCCACAUUUGAUUCUUCACAACUUCUCUUCUAAGAUUGGUGUAAGGACAGCUAAUAUCUUAAAGCAUCUAUUCCCAGUUCCCAAGCCAGACACAAAGCGGAUUAUCACUUUUGCGAAUGAGUCCGAUUAUAUCUCCUUCAGGCAUCAUGUCUAUGAGAAACGUGGAGGCCCCAAGUCCCUUGAACUGAAAGAGAUUGGCCCUCGCUUUGAGUUGAGACUUUACCAGAUCAAGUUAGGAACGGUGGAUCAAGACGAAGCCCAAACUGAAUGGGUUCUGAGACCAUACAUGAACACUUCCAAAAAGAGGAAAAUCCUCGGAGACUGA